AUGUUCUCCUGUAUUUUUAUCUCUUCAUUAUUUCUGAUUGCCAAAUUUGUCUCUACCUUUAUUCAUGUUAAUAUCAGUAAAUGCUUUUACAAAAUUACUGAAGAUUUUCACCAUGAAGGAGAUGUGGUGAUUGGUGCAUUUUUCCCUCUUCAUACAUACUAUACAAAGAACAAAAUUCCACAUUCAUAUCUACCAUAUUAUUAUAAGGACAAUUACCUCCAGUAUAAUUUUAAAAACUACCAAUAUAUUCUGGCUUUGGUAUUUGCAAUUGAGGAGAUCAAUGGGAACGCCAAUAUUUUACCUAACACAUCUCUUGGAUUUGAUUUCUACAAUGUCAGAUUCACUGAGAAGGAUGCUCUUAUGAAUGCUUGUUUUUGGCUCACAGCUCAAGGACAGAAAAAGAUUCUACCAAAUUACAAUUGUGACCAAAGAAAUCUUAUUGCUGCCGUCACAGGAACAUCAUGGACAACAUCUGCCCAAAUUGGAACAUUACUUCAACUGUUUAAAUUUCCUCAGCUUUCGUUUGGACCUUAUGAUCCCAUCUUGAAUGACAGUGGUCAAUAUUCUUCGCUCUACCAGAUGGCCUCCAAGUACACAUCUCUUUCACUUGGCAUUGUAUCUUUGAUGGUUCAUUUUAGGUGGUCCUGGGUUGGUCUCAUCCUUCCAGAUGAUCACAAAGGGAAUAAAAUUUUAUUAGAGUUCAGAGAAGAUAUGGAGAAAAAAGGAGUAUGCAUGGCUUUUGUGAAAAUGAUCCCUGUGACAUGGAAUUUGCAUUUUAAUAAAUUCUGGGAAAAUAUGGAUGAGGCAAAAAUCAUAAUUAUAUAUGGUGACAUUGAUUCUCUCACAGGUCUAAUGAGAAAUAUUGGUCAAAGAUUGUUAACAGGGAAAGUCUGGGUCAUGAACACUGAACCUCAUAUUACUUACUAUGCUGAUUAUUUUAUGCUUGACUCAUUCCAUGGUAGUUUAAUUUUUACACACAAUUAUAGAGAGAGUUUUGAGCUUACUAAGUUUAUUCAAACAGUUAAUCCUUAUAAAUACCCAGAGGACAUUUACCUUCCUAAGUUGUGGCAUUUGUUCUUCAAGUGCUCAUUUUCUGAUAUUGAUUGUCAACUAAUGGCUAACUGUCACUCCAAUGCUUCUCUGGAUGUGUUACCUAGUCAUAUAUUGGACAUGGCAAUCAGUGAAGAAAGCUAUAAUAUCUACAAUGCUGUGUAUGCUGUGGCUCACAGUCUGCAUCAGAUGAGUCUUCAACAAGUACAAACACAACCACAUGAAAAUGGGGAAGCUGUGGCCUUCUUCCCUUGGCAGCUUAACAUUUUCCUGAAGGACAUUAAUGAGAGAAACAAGAUGAAUUUAGGUGGGAGACAGAAAUUAAAUGCAGAAUAUGACAUUCUUAACCUUUGGAAUUUACCAAAGGGUCUUGGACAAAAGGUGAAAAUAGGAUCCUUUUCAGCAAAUGCUCCAGAGGGCCAACAGUUGUUCUUAUCUGAACAGACGAUACAAUGGGCAGAAGGAUUUUCAGAGAUACCUCAGUCUGUGUGCAGUGAGAGUUGUAGGCCUGGAUUCAGAAAAGUAACCCUGGAGGGCAAAGCCAUCUGCUGCUACAAUUGUACUCCUUGUGCAGAUAAUGAGAUUUCUAACGAGACAGAUUUGGAUCAGUGUGUGAAGUGUCCAGAGAGUCACUAUGCAAAUACAGAGAAGAACCACUGUUUCCAGAAAACUGUGAGCUUUCUGGCUUAUGAAGACCCCUUGGGGAUGACACUGGCCUGUAUAGCUCUGUGCUUAUCUGCACUCACAGUCUUUGUAAUUGGAGUCUUUGUGAAAUACAGAGAUACUCCCAUUGUAAAAGCCAAUAAUCGAGGUCUCAGUUACACCUUGCUCAUCACAAUCACAUUUUGUUUACUCUGUUCUUUGAAAUUAAUUGGUCAACCAAAUGCAGCUUCCUGCAUCCUUCAGCAGACCAUAUUUGGAGUUGCAUUUACUGUGGCUCUAGCUACUGUGAUGGCAACAUCUCCUCCAUUCAUUGACCAAGACUUUCAUGCUGAACAUGGACACAUCUUACUUUUCUGUAAUAAGGGAUCAUCUGUUGCCUUCCACUGUGUUCUGGGAUAUCUCUGCUUUUUGGCACUUGGGAGUUACACCAUGGCUUUCUUAUCUAGAAAUCUGCCUGAUACAUUCAAUGAAUCCAAAUUCCUGUCAUUCUGCAUGCUUGUGUUCUUCUGUGUCUGGGUUACCUUUCUUCCUGUCUACCACAGUGCUAAGGGGAAGGUCAUGGUGGCUAUGGAAGUAUUCUCCAUCUUAGCUUCCAGUGCAGCCCUCCUUGGCUUCAUAUUUGCUCCUAAGUGUUACAUUAUCUUGUUGAGACCAGACAAGAAUUCAUUUCAUCAUAUCAGGAACAAAACACAUUCUAGAAGGAAUAAAUCUCUUAAAAUGUAG